AUGCAACAGUUUCAGUCAGAACUCCGUGAAUACCAAACUUCUUGCUCUCAGCUUGCUACGCUGGCUGCCCAAAGACAAACUGAUGCACGGAUGGAAAAUAUAGGCAAAAUAAUACUCGUCCUCACCAUCACUACAACAAUUUUCUUGCCUCUUGUGUUUGUGAGUAAUCUAUUUGGGAUGAAUGUUGUAGAUAUAAGAGAGAUGAGGUCGGGACAGUGGGUGUUCUGGGUAUCUGCUCUUGGAGUGACUAUCAUAGCUGGAAUCUUCGCUCUGGUUAUAGCGUUUUUUGGCGAAGGUUUGAUGCUGAAAGUAAGAGUUAUUGGUGGGUUUAAUGAACGUCGGGAGGGGGUGUUAAAAGAUAAUAUGAAUGGGAAAUAG